AUGAAGCAAAAGUCCAUGACCAUGCGGUACAGCAGAAAAUCCCUUGUUUAUGCGGUCGGUGCCUUGACACUCCUCCUCUAUACUCUGCACCUGUGGGAUGUCUUCUCGUCGCCACGCGCCUUGCCGCCCAUGCCAGGCACGUUUCAAUACUUUUCAGAAAUCAAUUUCGAAUACCAUACGCACAGCUUCGGGGCCAUCAGCCACUGUGACUCGAGAUUUGCGCCGUCCCAGCCCCCGGGCAUCGAGGAGACCAAGAGGUCGCUUUUCGGGCUGAUGGAGUCGUACGCCGCGACCAUGAGGCAGCUUCAGGCCGAGACGUGGAUCGCCCACGGGACCUUGCUGGGGUGGUUCUGGAACCAAAAGUUUCUGCCCUGGGACAACGACAUCGACGUGCAGAUGUCGAUAGAGACUCUGGCUGGAUUGGCUGUUGCACACAACAUGACCGAGUACCUCUACCCGGUGGCCGGGGAGGACAGGCCCAGGACAUACCUUCUCGACAUCAACCCACAUUAUGCCAUCGCGUCGACGCAGGACGUGGCCAACAAAAUCGACGGUCGCUGGAUCGACACCACGAAUGGCAAGUCCAUCGACAUCACGGCCAUCCAUGUCAGCUCGGGCAAGACGGACCAUACUCCGUUCGACCAGGGGAUUUUCUUCUCCAAAGAUGGCCAUGGAUACCUGAGGGAAGAUCUAUACCCGCUACAAGAUACGACAUUUGAAGGAAUUGUCGUCAAAGUCCCGCGUGACCCGGCCAAGAUCCUGGCCAAAGAGUAUGGCAAGAAGUCCCUGACACAAACCCGCUUCCACUGGCAUCGGUUCAAUCAAGUUUUGAAACUGUGGGAAGCAGAGUAG